CCACCGACGAUCAGCCGUUACCACCACCGCUACCAUCACCACCAUCACCACCAUCAUCGUAAUCACGAGCACGUCACCACGACCACCACGGCGGACGCCACCACCAUCACUGGCGUCGCCUGGCACCUCAGGCACAAGCUACCCCUUGGAAAGCAGUGCCUCGAACACCGUCUUCAACACCGGCAUCACCAUCGGUCCCCCUAUCGGGCCUUAAACAUGGGCCAAAAGAUUUCAGGAGGGGUUAAAAGCGUGACACGCGAGGCUACAGCAGGAGCUGUCGGUGGAGUCGGCGUCGGCGGUGGCGGCGUCGUAGCUUACAAACCAGUGGUACCAAGAGAGCUGGCGCAACACUUCGCGAGGCCGCCACGGCUCGAUGUCCUUCUCGACAUGCCACCCGCUUCGCGGGAAACACAAAUUCAUCAUAGCUGGAAUGCUAAUGAUCGUAGCCUCAACAUAUUUGUCAAGGAUGACGACAAGUUAACAUUUCACCGGCAUCCAGUGGCUCAAAGCACAGAUUGCAUAAGAGGGAGGGUAGGGUACACGAAAGGAAUGCACGUCUGGGAGCUGUUCUGGAGCACGAGGCAAAGAGGAACGCAUGCCGUGGUUGGCGUUGCGACGGCAGAAGCACCCCUUCACAGUGUCGGCUAUCAGAGUUUGGUGGGCAACAAUGAGCAAAGCUGGGGGUGGGAUCUCGGUAGGAACAAACUUCUCCACGAUUCGAAGAACAAUACCGGUAUCACUUAUCCGGCUCUUCUCAAGUCCGAUGAAACGUUCAUUGUUCCUGACAAAUUUCUAGUGGUCUUGGACAUGGAUGAAGGUACGUUAGCAUUUGUCGUUGACGGCCAGUAUCUUGGUGUCGCGUUUAAAGGCCUGAAAGGCAAGAAACUUCACCCCAUUGUAUCCGCUGUUUGGGGACACUGUGAGAUCACGAUGAAAUAUAUCGGUGGACUUGAUCCCGAACCUUUGCCUUUGAUGGAUCUCUGUCGAAGAGUGAUCCGGAAACGAAUUGGCAAAGAUAAGAUAGAAGAGAAAGUGAACGCGUUGAGCCUGCCGUUAGCGGUGAAGACUUAUCUCCUGUAUCGUGACAGGAGGUAACUACCGAGUGCUAGCUCCGUAAAUAUUACAACCACGAUUACGACUGUGAACACCACUGCGCUAUUGAAUCGUUGCCACCACGACGCACAGGGGAACGCCCGCUACCCCGUCGCAUGCCACCGAGCAGACCAGCCCAUAAGCCGCUUGUACGAUCCAUGGUGUUUCUAUCCAUGUCAGGAUAAGUCAAGACGAGCACGAUCUUCGUGGUCGCGUACGUUAUCGUCAUCGUCGUCGACUUCGUCGUCGUCAUCGUCGUCGUCGUCGUCUUCUUCGUCGUCGUCGUCGUCAUCGUCGUCGACGUCGUCGUCGUCGACGUCGUCGUCGUCAUCGUCUUCAUCAUCCGUAUCAUCGCUGGCAUGAUUAUUCGUCGUUGUAUCCAUAUGUUCAUCAUUCUCGUUGUCAUUGUCGUUGUUAACCUGAUCGUUAUCGUCGUUGUCGUUCCCGAAUAAAAUCAAGAUGUGCACGCUAAUGUGGAGGAAAGGAAAGAUUUUUAAAAAAAAAGACACGAACACACACGGGACACAUACGCGAAUCGUAUCGGGACUAGCGAAUUAUUUAGGUGAUAUUGUUGUCUUGUGUUAACGUCUAUGCGAUUAAAAUCGUGACGAAGUCUUUAUCAAUUGUUAAUAAUGAUAAUUAAUAGAAAAAAUGGCGCACGAUGCAUUUCGAUAAGCAUUUCGUGCACAUCGCUCGGCGCUGUUAUCUUCUUUUUAUCUUUUUUUUUCUUUUAUUUCGUUUCUUUUUUUUUUCUUUUUUUUUUUUUUUUGUAGUAAUUUUUUUUAGUUAUCGCGUUAUUAAAACGUUCUGUGACGAAGAAGAUACAAGCUAAGAAAUAGAGGACCAGAUUAUAUGGACGAGAAUACACACACGUGGCUCGGAUAGAGAAGAAAGAUCGCAAGAAGGAAAACAGCUCUUCAUAUAGUUGGCCAGUAAAACGUUACACUUAGUCGAGUUUGAAGGCUGAUAACGGAUAACGUUUCGAUUAUUAAUCAACAAUGGGUAGCGGGCUUGUUCUAGUCCUGCCACAUUGCGCGAAUAAGAAACGAGAAGACAACGGAGUAGAAAUAAAUUUCUUCACGAUUUAAAUGAAGAGGAAAAAUCGACGAAACUUCGAAAAGAAGAUUUGUUAACCGCACGACGCGGAAACAAUUAUUGUUCAUAUACGAACUGUCAAAAAAAAAAAAAAAAGAAAAAUGUGUGUACAGUGAAAAAAGCCAGCCGAUCGAACAGCCACCUUCCAAUAGACUCAUUUUUCAAGUAUUUUCUAAGCAUGCUAGGUCUAAUGAAAUAUAGUGGUAUGUAUGAUUCGUGGGUGGACACGAAAGGGAACGAAAGAGAACUUUAAGAUAUACAUAUAUAAAUAUAUAUAAAUAUAUAUAUAUAUAUAUAUAUAUGAUUUAAUAAGUAACACGCCUCCGAUUUUUCGUAUUUUGUUUUAUUUUGUUUAUCGUUUAGUUAGAAAAAGCCCCGAAAAAAGCAUACGUAUCGCAGCUAGAAAUUAUUUCUAAAUGAUAUAUUUUAGCGGAACAUUAAGAAAAAAGGUAUGAACCACGAAAUUUAAGGCGUACACGAUUAUCGUAUUUGAACAAAACUCGAGAAAAACAGGAGAGAGAGACAAAAAUAUAAUUACCUCGAUUAAGUUGAUUGAAGAUAAUGAAAAGAAGAAAAAAAAAAAAAAAAAAUAAGAAGAAAACGAUGAAGAUUAGUUGUACGUAGUUAAACAUUUAGAGCGAGCGAACGAACACGGGCAUAUUAUGGCUGAUUAGAUUCCAAACACGAAUUAAAACUGUCUCGAGGAGAGAAAAAGAGCUACCUGAGACAUCGGUGUGCGAGAGUGUUAAUGAGUGUAUUAUAACGCUGAAAAAAAAAAAAAAUCAUCGAGAAAUAUGGUCACGAUGAUGAUGAUGAUGAUGAUGAUAGUGAUGAAUGGGAUAAUGAUGAUAGAUAAAACAAUUAUAUCGGGCGUGUUGCUACCUAUACUAUUAGCAUGACAAAUUAUGACUGGUCCCUAGUAACUCUUUAAUCUUACGUUUGUCGCUUAAGUUUAAUGAUAAUGUGCCGUUUAUCGGCGAUGUCGAUUUGUACAUAGGGUAUAAUUAUAAUAAUAUCUAUCGGUACGACAAUGAAUGUAUUGUGGGUAGUCAUUGUAUCCAAGACCGUAAGGACGAACCGAAUGCGAGAAAAAGAAAGAAGAAAAAGUAUAUAGAAUUCUAUCGCAUGCAAAUAACACAGAGGCAAAAUUGUCAAUGAAAACAGCUCUCCAUUUUUAUUUUCCAUUUAGUCACUUCCAUUUAAUCUCUUUCUUUGGUUCUUUUUUUUUUUUUUUUUUUUAAACUUUCGAGAGACGAAAGUAAACGUUUUGCUUGAUACCACGCAUCGUUGUUCAUUCUCUCUCUAAAAAAAAAAGCGAGUUUUCUUGCAGAGCUCGUCUUUUACAAAAAAAAAAAACACGUCUUCCAGUUUGUCUGGCCAGACAUAUGAUUACAUCUUUUUGUGAAACGAAAAAGAAAACUGUCCUUUUCUUUUUUUUUCUUUUUUUUUUCUUUUUUUAUAUAUAUAUAUAUACACAAGUUUUAUAUCGUAGCCACGUUUCUUACCAAUUAAUUUCAUCUAUUUCCAUCGAUUUAAAAGCCGUUCUCAAAGACACGCACGAUCUCGCAAUCGGCAGCCAUUCGUGAUGCGGUCCUCAAUACGCACACCCAAACUCGCUGUUAGAGCAAUGUUCACCUUCGCUAUCUUUGCUCGAUUCUCCUCUCGGCCGAGGCCUCGGAACUUUCGGCCGAGAAGGGAGAACGCGAGAAGAGAAAAGGAACAAAUUAAAGAUUCGUGGCAAAGGAAAGAGAAGAAAGGAGGAAAGGAUGGAGGAGGAUCUAAACGGAUGGAAAUAAAAAGGAAAAGAGUGAGAUUGUACGAACGAGCGAAACGAAAAAGUUGUUCGCACGUGUUAGUUGAUCGAGCGAUAAUGCGCGCUGCAACGUGCUUCCUUCGCGCAUCAACGCUCGAAUGUUCGAAACUUAUAGCCAUGUAUAUUUCGGGCAACGUGUGUGUCGCGUGUUGUAUCGCGUAGCGGUGAAAAAAAGAAUUUACCGCGAUCAUAGUGACUCGACGUCUUCGUUGUGGUUAUACGCCGUUCGUCGAAACUUCUGCCUCGUUUGUAAGAAAAAAAGAAAGAAAGAAAGAAAGAAAGAAGAAAAUAAAACUAAAAUAAUAAUAAUAUAAAAUAAAAUAGAGAACGGUUCUCUCUCGAGCGCGACGCGGACGUCGCGUGUAUUAUCUUGUAUGCGUGAAAUCAAGUGGAAGUAAACGGAGCACAUAAAUAGCGAGUAAAAGAAAAAGAAAUUGUAUAAGGUAUAAAAAAAAAAAAAAAAACACGUAUAUAGGAAAGAUUUAAAAAAUGCGAGUGUUGGACACUCGUUUCUGGACGCGCGUUUCGAAAAACGAGAGAAAGAAAGAGAAUGAAAGAAAUAUCACCGACGUUAGUGCAGUGUGAAAGAGAAAGAGGAAAAAGGAAGUGAGAUUCACACACAUACACGCGCGCGCGCGUCGAGAAGACAUUAUCUUUUUUCCGCGAAUCACACUCUCCUCCAUCUUGCUACCGUCGUGUUGUACCUAUAUUAUUUUCUAUAAAAAAAAAAAA